AUGAACCUCCGGAACGCGCGCGAGCGCCGCGCACCUCGCCGCUUCGAAGACGAGCUCGACCAAAUAUACGCCCCCGAAGAGGGCCCGGAGCCUCGCGUCAUCCACCCAACCAGCAGGUCAGGACGACCGACGUUGCAUAUAGCGUCGACAGCGUUUAACCCGAAUGUGCGACCGGCAGCAUUUCCGUCAUUGCCGCUCGGCGGUGGUAGUAGGGUGAGGUCAGGCGGUGGCGGUGGCGGUGGCGGGGCGGGCGAGGGAGAAGAUGCGUCACUGGAGGAUUCGCUCGUCGUGAGGCUCAGGCUUGACAAGGAUGAGCGGCCAGUUUCGUUGAGGGAUCUGGUGGAGAGGGAAGACGACCGUAUGGCUGAAGUUUGGUUGCGGGCGAGGCGCCGCGGCAUGGAGACGGACGAUUCAGCAGGGUCGAGAAAGGCGAAGUUAUCUGAGCUUCAUCCGAUCAUGCGGUCCACUGUCAUUGGCAACAUGUACAUCGCUGCUCUCGAUGAAGGGUUUCAGGAUCCUUGCUUCCCCAUUCAACACAUCCUCGACAUGUCGGCAGAGGAUGCUAUAAAGGCGCUGGAUGUGAUUGAGGAUUCUUACCUCGAUGGCGACUAUCCAGCUUGUCUGUCAUCACCGACCAUGCUUGGAAACCUUUUGCAAGCACAUCGCUUCCUCAUGCAGCAGAAAUGGCCGCGGCGCUUCCUCAAGCCUGUCGACUUGAAGAAGUGUACGCCGAACCCUGGUAGGAGGGUGGAGGACCCGCACAUACCGAAAGGAGUACGUAAUAUGACUGCUGAACAUUGUGUCUUCUUUGGUAAACAGAAAGCAGUCUUUUCCCGAGAACUGAGGAACCCAUUUCUUAUUCCACGGGACGUUGUACCCGGACAGGCGGAGAGUGAAUCAUUGCAGGGCUUUGGAAGCGGCACUCCAUGGAUGGCUACAGAUCCCUUCUCUCUUGGCUUGAAGGAGUGCGCCCAACGCUCUCGCCUUAAAUUUGGAGAAUGGUCAUUUCCAGUAGGCACCGCCCAGCAAGAUCUUCAGCAUCUGAGGUCCGGCGAGCGGCAGGGGCAGUCACUUGUCAGGGAGGAGCAAGCGGCGUCGUCGCCCAGUACAUCUCAGCAGCACUUCGAUCCCCAGCUCGUACACUUUCUUCUGCUGUCACAGUCCAACAUCGGCCCUGUGGCAACACCUGCACUCAGUCAAGGUCCAUCAGCCCCCACCUCGCCUGACACACCGGCAUAUUCGACGGCCUGGGCUUUGCUACGUCAGAUGUCACCGUCUACUGCUCCAUCCUCACCAUCGCCGUCAGAUCUUCCUUCCGCCAUCUACGGACCCUCGUUAUCCUUCGAGAACUCAGAAGCAGAGGUAUUGAGUAUGCUUGGCGCCACGGCUUCCGCAGCGGUCCCGCACAUAUCCUGCUCCUCCAGCUCGCUGAGAGGGGACGACUUGAGCCCGUCUGCCACUGGCUCGACGCCCACUAUUGGUUUGACGCCUGACAACAAGGAUGAAGACUGCAUCACCUUCGUUCGUUACCCACACCAGCGGCUACUGAUGACCCAAACGCCACCGUCAACACCUAUGGCGAUGGGUACGGAGCCCAGCUCUCCUUCACUGCAGCGGCUGCAGCGGCAACAGCUAUCCCGACAACGCCCGGUCCUCGCCGCCUCGUCGUCAUCCGCCAUGCUGCAUCUGUUCGAGAGGAACUACCACCGGCACAUCCAGGAGCAACAGGCGGCGCAGGCACUCACGCAGGUCACAUCGCUGCAAGACGUGUUGACGACGGAAAGGAAAGACCAGCAAGAGCACGGACAGCACUGGCAGGGGCAACAGCACAACGGAUGGCAGCACCACCCUCAAGCUGCUUCAAGCACAGUGACGAUCAUGGCAGACAACAACAACACCGCUUCUUCUCCUCCCCCAGUCGCAACGGCAACGACCCCUCAGCCCAACACCCCGGACCUCUGUUUCUCUUCCUCCUCCGCCGCCUCUCGAACCGACACUGCCGCUUUCGGACCACCACCUCCCGCCUCCUCUUAUUCUUUCAACAUCGCGGCCGCGACGGCCGCAGCCGCCGCCCCCAUCCCCGCCGUCGCCAUCACUCCCCCGUCAACCAUCCCCGUGGCCCCGAUGCUGACGACCAUCACCACCACGACAAAGGCAGCUACCAACAACACUGCCACUGCCACUACUACUACCGCUUCCCACUCACAGCAGCAGCAGAAGCAGCAGCAACAGCAACAGCAGCAGCACUCCCCCGCCUUCCCAAACACCAGAAGAAAGCGCAGCACCACCGUCACCCCGAGCACCACCAGCACCAACCGUACUCGUCCUUCCGGCGCCGCAAGCUGUGGCAGCAGCAGCAGCAACAUGCCGCCGCCGCCGUCGUCGUCCGAAAGAGCCCGAGGAACCGGCAACGGCCAUCGUGUCGGCAACAUCAUCGGCAACCGCAACGGCGGCCGCAACUCGAAUGGUAACGGACACGGACACGGAAACGGAUUCGGAUUCGGACUCGGCGUUCGCCAUCUCCGCCAGCGCCACAAUUACCAUCGCCGCGGCGGUCGCGGCGGUCGCGGUGGCGUCGUCGUCGUGCGCCCGCAGCUUGCGAUGGCGAGCGGCGUGGCGAGGGAGGGUGAUGGUGGAGGCGAUGUGGACGGUUUGGUUGGAGGGGGGACGACGGCGUCGUUGCGGGGUGGUGAGAAUGGUGGGGGCGGUGGUGAUGGGGGAGGAGGAGAAGAAGAAGAAGAAGAGGAGGAGGAGGUGGUGGUACAGGUGGGGGUGAUGGAGGAAGAGAGAGAGGAGAGGGCGGAGGUGGAGGGAGGGAAGAAGCCCGAGGCAAAGGAUCCUUAUGGGAUGUUCAUGAAGGGCGUUGUUGAGUACGCUGGGGACGAUUGA